UGCUGGUGUCGGUUGUCCCAUGUCUUUGGGGAAGUCUUCUGGUUUCAGUUUUUUUUUUUUUUUUUUUUUUUGGGUGGUGAAGAACUGGAAUUCAUAAAACCAGAGCGCAAAUAACACGCAAAACUUACAAGAAAACCAGUAUCCAACUUGAAAGGACUACCAGCAAACGGCAAAUUGGAAAGUAAAAACGGCGUCGCGUUAGGGAGCAGAACACCGGCAGGCUUUCUAACUCUAAUCAGGAAGCUUAUUUAAGCUUAUUUCCACCGCAAUAAUUUGUGGUUUCUCUCUGCCUCCCUGUUUUUGGCUUUCUUUUUAGUUUAAUAUAUUCUUGAGUUUGCCAAAUUUAAGGCAUCAAUGGCGCCUCUCACAAGGUCAAUGAAGAAGAAAGCAGCAAACAGCAAGAGUCGCAUCAUGCAAUCCCUUCCAAAGGAGCUUUUGGUAGAAGUUCUUGCAAAGGUGGCUUCGAAUUCUUUCAACGAUCUCUACUCGGCAAAGUUAAGCUGCAAGGACUUCAACAAAAUGGCUGAAGAAGACUACAUAUUCCAGUGCAUUGACAUCAGCAAAUUCCCAUUGGUUUCUUGGAGGUUUGACGACAAAUUCUCCAAGUUUCUGAAACACUGCAAAAAGUGUGGCAACGCGGAAGCCUUGUACCGACAAGGGCUUCGCGAUCUUUUCAGAGGCAAGAGGGUGCAACAAGGAAUCAUGUGUCUGAAGAAAGCAGCCUCGAAGGGUCAUGUAGAAGCGACGUAUGUUUAUGGGGCCAUCUUGGUGUGUUUCGGGGGAGAGUCGAAGCAGGAAGGCCUGAAGCUUCUGUAUUCUCUCAAUCAUUACAAACCGAAAGGAUUCAGCGUAAGAGAAUGCAGGGAGAAGGUUAAGGGACUUGUUUGGAACAUGUGGGCUGACAGGAAGGUGGUGGGUAAAAUUGUACAAGCCCGCCAUGAGACUGCCAUUGCGAAAACAUGCAGCGACUGUGGAAAUAGACAGGAGAUUUUCACAGUCGAGCGAGGAUGGGAUCCUCUUGAUCAUGAAAAUUUCAGCAGCUGCAAUACCUGCAGGUGGCAUCAAGAAGUUAAUAUUUUCCGUGAUAUAUUAAACGACAGUUGCACCCCUCUGUAUUGAAUGAAUUGAUGUGUGUAGAUAGGAUGCGUAAGGGCAACAUUUGAUGUGUAUCCACACGAGUUUCUCUUUUGCAAGCUAAUGUUCUUGAAAGGGCAACAUUUGCCCACAUGGCAUUCUAAAUUAUUGGGGAUAUAUUGUAAACUUAAGAUAAUCAGCAAGCUCAUCUGCAAGCUAUUUGAUCAAUUUAAAACUCUCCAACGUUUGAAUGUAAGAUUCUCCCAAUUU